AUGGCUCAACACAAGAUGAAGCAGAAGGUGCAGCUUCCAAAAGGAGUCAAGGUAAAGGGACGUAGCAAAAUUCAGAAACAUGGCCCAAAGAAGGGGCAGAAGUUACAUAUUAAACCGAAGAAACUGCAAAACCCUGCCGAAGCGAAAUACAACCGUUUGGUUACCAAGGCAAUCAACGAGAAAAACAAACAGUUAAUAUCGUCAAGGGCUAAUUAA